AUUGUUAUAUAAACACUGCUUUCUGAGCUACGCUGCAAUUUCAAAAAUCAACUAUUUUUUGGUUUAUCUUUGUUCUAGUCUUUUUUAAGAGGUGUUCUUGGUUGUUUCGAAGUUUGUUCUUGCAGUACAUCAGGAAAAAGAGAAGAGCCAACAAAGCCAAAGGAAACAAUAAAUACAAGUUCAAAACAGAGCCAUAAAUUAAGUGAGGGAAGUGAAGCCACCAUAAGCAUGUCUCGCUGGGGACGGAAAAACGUCAAGAAGACCCCUGAAGUGAUCAGAACAGUCACAGAGGGGCUGAAAUCACUGUAUCGAAAAAAGCUGCUGCCUAUCGAGGAGUACUAUGGCUUUCAUGAUUUCCACUCACCAAGUCUGGAUGAAGCUGACUUUGACAACAAACCCAUGGUGCUAGUGGUUGGUCAGUAUUCCACAGGAAAGACUACUUUCAUCAAAUACCUGCUGGAGCAAGAUGUGCCUGGAAGUCGUGUGGGGCCAGAGCCCACUACUGAUUGCUUUACUGCCAUCAUGCAUGGAGAUGUGGAGGGACUUAUCCCUGGGAAUGCCCUUAUAGUAGAUCCCAACAAGCCCUUUCGCAAACUCAACCCAUUUGGAAACACCUUCCUUAAUAGGUUUCAGUGUGCGCAGUUGCCUAAUCAGGUUCUGGAGAGUAUCAGCAUAAUUGACACCCCUGGGAUUCUGUCUGGAGCAAAGCAGAGAAUAAGCAGAGGUGAGACCAACAAUAAAGGAUAUGACUUUCCAGCUGUCUUGCGUUGGUUUGCUGAACGUGUGGACCGGAUUAUACUUCUCUUCGAUGCCCACAAGCUGGAGAUUUCUGAUGAGUUUUCAGAGGCUAUAGGUGCUCUGAAGGGUAAUGAGGACAAACUGCGUGUGGUGCUUAACAAGGCUGAUAUGGUUGGCACUCAGCAACUAAUGCGAGUGUAUGGUGCACUCAUGUGGUCCCUGGGGAAAGUGUUCGGCACCCCUGAAGUACUAAGGGUAUACAUUGGCUCAUUCUGGUCCGAGCCUCUUAUGGUUCCUGACAACCGAAGGCUGUUUGAAUUGGAAGAGGAGGACCUUUUCGCUGACAUUCAGAACCUGCCACGAAAUGCAGCCCUACGCAAGCUUAAUGAUCUGGUCAAGAGAGCUCGUCUGGUUAAGGUUCAUGCUCACAUCAUCAGUUAUCUGAAGCAAGAGAUGCCCUCUGUCUUUAGAAAGGACAAUAAGAAAAAAAAUUUGAUCUAUCAGCUGCCAGUCAUUUUUUCCAAGAUCCAGCUGCAACAUCAUAUCUCCCCUGGAGAUUUUCCUGAUUGUGCCAAGAUGCAGGAACUGCUUGUAGGGCAUGAUUUCACCAAGUUUAAGCCCCUAAAACCAAAUAUGAUGGCUAUGUUGGAUGACCUCCUGUCCUCCGACAUUGCCAAGUUAAUGCCUCUCCUUAGGCAGGAGGAGCUGGAAUCAGGAGCCCAAAUAGGAAUCCAAGGUGGGGCUUUUCUGGGAACCAGAGCAGGACCCUUCAUGGAAGGUGACCCUUUUGGUGAGAAAGCUGAAGAAGAUGGUGAGGAUGGUGAAACAGAAGAGGACUGGAUUGUGAACAAAGACAAGCCCAAAUAUGAUGAGAUUUUCUACAACUUGGCACCCAGCGAGGGCAAGCUGAGUGGCACCAAAGCCAAAGACUGGAUGGUAAGCACGAGGCUGCCCAACUCUGUGUUGGGUCGCAUCUGGAAGCUCUCAGAUGUGGAUCGUGAUGGCAUGUUGGAUGAUGAGGAAUUUGCCCUGGCAAGUCACCUGAUUGAAGUAAAGCUUGAGGGACACGGCCUUCCCCCAGAAUUACCUGCCCGCCUGGUGCCUCCAUCUAAACGCAGACAAAAAGGAUCCGAUGCCUAGAAAAUUGAAGCUGUCAAUGUGGUCCAUUUCAGAAUGUGUGUACACUGUCUUUCUACUGUUGUAAAAUAUGAAGCUCUCUUUUGUAUUGCUUUUGCAUAAUCACAUUUACAAAUCCACAUUUUGCUAAAGCACUAAAUUGCUAUGACCACAUACUGCCUCUGAGCAGGUAUGCUUCAUCAUCUUUAUUUUUAAAAUACAAAAUAUGCGCUUACACAAAGUUUGCUCACACAAAUGUUUACUUGAUUAUGCUAAGAACAUUUCUUCAUUAACUGUUUUAAACAUUUAUUAAAAGUGGAAAUUUUACAA